AUGGCCCGACAGAUUCAUAUCGACAGAUAUGAAUGUGAUAUGUCUCGAUCAACCAUUUCCAGGGGCAGUCGUGCUGCUGCUUUUGUGGGUUUUUGUUACAGUAUAUUCCUGAUAAUUUGCCUGAUUGAAAUCUCCCAGGCAAUUGACAUGCUGACUCCACCAGGGGCAAUCACCGAUGGCAUGACUUUGGUAUCUGCGAGAAAUGUAUUUGAGUUUGGCUUCUUUAGUCCCGGAAGCUCCAGAAAUAGAUACUUGGGAAUAUGGUACUUUCAGAUGAGUCCACAAACCAUUGUUUGGGUUGCAAAUGGGAAUAAUCCGCUUAAUGACUCAUCAGGAGUUGUAAGCAUUGCAAAAGAUGGAAAUUUCAUCCUCCAAGACCAGACAGAGAGGAUUGUUUGGUCUACAGGUGCGGAGAACAUAUCCUCAAAUGGGACCUUUUUGCAGCUAUUGGAUUCUGGAAAUCUUGUCCUGAGAAAUGACAACGGUGGAAAUGCAGGAGACUAUAUUUGGCAAAGCUUUGAUCAUUUUUCAAAUACAUGGUUAACAGGAAUGGAGCUAGGGAAGGAUCCCAGCAGUGGCCUGUUUCGACGUAUGACAUCAUGGACAAGUGCAGAUGACCCUGCCCCAGGGCAAUACAGUUGUAGUGUUAAUCCCCGUGGACCGCCCUUGGAAUUUGUACUUUGGGAAGAAGAUUCUCUACAGUAUAGAAGCGGACCAUGGAAUGGAGUUGGUUUCAGCGGACUCAAUUUUGAACCAAACAAUGUCUUCGACCUGAAGCUUGUGGUGAAUGCAGAAGAGACAUACUACGAGUACGUUCCCGAGACCAAGCUUGUUACAACAAGGUCUGUUUUAAACUACUCCGGCAUAAUGCAGCGUUAUGUCUGGAAUGCUACCAGUCUAAAAUGGCUACUUGUAGGGUUGGGAAAUCCAUGA